AUGCUGAAGCAGUUUAUCCUGCCUUUGCUGGCAGCGACAGCCUAUGCCGCUCCACUAGACGAACGACAGUCUGGCCCGACAGUCACGAUUGCCAAUGGUACAUUGAUUGGAUCGUCCUCUCAAGGCGUGGACAACUUCAAGGGCAUUCCCUUCGCCCAAGCUCCUGUCGGCGACCUUCGCCUGAGAGCACCUCGACCCCUCGCUCAAGGCUUCGGAACUCGUCAAGCGACACAGUCUGGAAGGGCUUGCCCACAAUUCUUCCAGAAUGUCGACAGUGGUGUUUUGCCAGCCGAUGCACUUGGCAAGCUGCUAAACACGCCACUGUUGCAGAAGAUCACGAACGCGGGUGAAGACUGCUUAUUCAUCGAUGUUGCGAGACCUGCGGGCGCAAAUGCGAACUCGAAACUUCCAGUGCUGUUCUGGAUCUAUGGAGGUGGAUUUGAGCUCGGCAGCAAUGGUAUGUACGAUGGCGGAAGUCUUGUUCGCAAGUCGAUCAGCUUGAAGGAGCCGGUUGUCUACGUCGCUGUCAACUACCGCGUUGGCGGGUUCGGUUUCCUGGGAGGCAGUGAUCUCUCGGCAGAGGGCGGCAACACGAAUCUCGGACUUCGAGACCAGAGGCUGGGUCUUCAAUGGGUUCAGGACAACAUUGCACAGUUCGGCGGUGAUCCUUCGAAGGUCACUAUCUGGGGCGAAUCUGCAGGCUCGAUCUCAGUCUUCGACCACACAAUCAUCAAUGGUGGAGACAACACCUACAACGGCAAGGCUCUCUUCCGAGGCGCCAUGAUGAGCUCUGGUAGCAUCAUCCCCGCCGCGCCCGUCACAGGCACCAAGUCGAAUGCUGUGUACAACACCGUUGUGAACGCUGCAGGAUGCUCUUCAGCAGCCAACAAGCUCGCCUGUCUUCGUGCCCUGCCCUACGAACAGUUCCUCAACGCGGCCAACUCCGUUCCAGGAAUCUUGUCCUACCAAAGUGUCGACCUCGCCUACCUUCCUCGCCCAGACCCAGCCGAUAACUUCUUCUCCACAUCACCAGAAGCCGCAGUCAACAACAACGCCUUCGCCCGCGUCCCCAUCCUCGUUGGAGACCAAGAAGACGAAGGCACCCUCUUCUCACUGGCACCGGCAGUCAACGUAACAACCAACGCCCAAGUAACCAAAUACCUCGCCGACUACUUCCGCCCCAACAACCCCAACGCAGACAGUGACGUCGCAGACCUCCUUCGCAACUAUCCGAACCAACCUCUCCUCGGCCAACCAGCUGGUUCUCCCUUCCGUACAGCCGGUCUGAACAGCAUCACACCACAGUUCAAACGCCUGGCCGCAGUCCUCGGCGACAUCACAUUCACUCUCACUCGCCGCGUAUACCUCUUGACGAUCCAACCAAAGGGCAUCAAGAGCUGGACAUAUCUGUCAACAUACCUCUACGGAACACCUGUACUGGGCACGCUUCACGGCUCGGACAUUCUGUUCUACUUUGGUCUUCUUGGGGAUAAUAAUCCAAUCACUAGUCGUCUUCAGACAUACUUCUUGUCUUUUGUCAACCACUUGGAUCCUAACACUGCCAGAGGAAACCAGAUCGCGUGGCCAGAGUGGACUCCCACGUCGAGAAGUAUGCUCAACUUCCAAGCUGCAGGCAAUCAAUUGAUCAAGGAUGAUUUCCGGGAGGCGGCCGCCCAGGACUUGUUGGCUAGUCAGACUGAGUUUGUCAUUUGA